AGGAAAUCCAGUUUUCAGCGAAACUUUAAACUAGUCACUAGAGACUACAGUCUAGAUCUAAUCUAUCUAUUACAAAUUAAAAGAAACAAAGAAUUCAAGUUGCAUAGUACUACAAAUGGAAGAAGAUUCAGGUGAAUCAGGAGUAGUGUUUUAUGAUGUUGGACAACAUGACAAGCUUAUGUCUCUAUGUCUUCAGGAAGCAUCAGCUGAUGUUGAUCUAGAUAAUCUGUCACUAAUACGUAAAAAUAUAAACCCUGUUUGUAUUAAAGAAAACAGUUUUAAAGUUCAAACCUCAUCUGCCUUGAACGCCGUAGAGAAAAUCAUUGGAAACAUAACUUUUCUACAAAAUAGUGGACUUAAAACAGGCAUUGUUUUGAAUCGAUCAAAAGUUUCUGAAAAUUCAAGACAUACAAACAAAGAAGGGGAAAUUUUAGGUAUUGGAAUCAAUUCACCAAUUAUCAUUGUCAAAGACCAAAUAACUGGAGAGAUAAAUGCGCAAAAGACAAUUAUGCUAGCCCGAUUUGAUGGUGAUCAGAUAAUGGCAUGGUAUCAUUUGCAAGAAAAAGAUUUGGCUCCAGAGUUAUAUGCUUUUAAAAUGGUUGAAGAUCGGGUGGUCAUGAAUAUGGAAAUUAUGAAAGGAAAAACUCUGCAACAUGUUUUGGAUAAAAUUACACUAAACUCUGAUCAGGCUAUUGGUUUAUCCAUUUGUGUAUUAGAUGGUCUCUUGUCAGCUUAUGAAUGUUUGAGACAGAAAGGUUAUUCUCAUAGUGAUAUGCAUGCUGGCAAUGUGAUGAUCACACCAAAGUUAAACAUAAAAGUGUUUGACUUUGAUGCAGCCAAGAAAUUUUUACAGAACAGCCAGAAAUUGAAAGAGGACAUAUUGGAGAUCAUAAGAAUGUUUUGUGCUCUGUACUCUGGGGACAACUUAACCAGCAGAGAUAUAGCAAAUCAGAUUUUGGAAGAAAGAAGCCUUGAAACGUUCAGUUCAAAAUUGAGAUCUCAAUUAACUCAAGCUCAGCGACAAGAACUUUUCAAAAUCCUCAUGAUGCUCUUUGAUUCUGUUGCUUUUCCAGAGCAAGAGAAUUAUGGUGACACUGCUGAUGUUUCUAAUUAUGUUAAAAAAAAUAUGCCUGGAGAUGAAAUGAAGAAGCAGAUUGCUGUGUUGCUAUUUCCUGAAGACUUUCAAUUUAAAGAAGUAGCAGACUGUGGCACUGGAAGUAAGAGAAUGAGAACAGAUUUCACUAGUGUAUGGGAGGAUCCAUCUAUGGAAGACUAUGUUCUGAAUGUAACAGAUCAAAAACUGAAUGAACUGCAACAUUUUGUUCUUGCAUGCUAACUAAGAUUGGAGACAAAUCAAACAUCUUCUUAGCUUUAGAUAGUCAUAAUUCUAUUUCAAGAAUGUUUUUGCCUACUCAUAAGAAUUUCAAGGUAUAUCAAUAUAGAAAUAGCUUUACAUGACUUAAUAACACACAAAUAUCAAUCAUCUUCUAAAUUCAUGUCCAAAAAUAAAAAGGUAAAAUAUAAAGACAUUGAAAGCAAGUUUUACUCAUCACAAAGUUUUUUUCAACCUACACCAAAAUUAGUCUAACACUUUAAUUUUAUAUUUCAAUUUGAAUCAAAUUCUCAUGUUCUGAAAGACAUGAUUGUAAAGUUAAGUGGAACAGAAAGCAAAUAUAUACUAUAAUUGUACAGCAAUUUUUUUUUCAAUUAAGAAAAGGAUAAGACAAACCAUAGUUGCCUUGGCUUGAAAAAGUAUGCAUAAUUUCUGUAUUUUAAGGUUUUCAUAUAUUUUGCAAUAUUUUAAACUCGUGUUUAUAUUUUUAAAACAUUUUCAUGCCUAAUCCUUGUAUUAUUAUUAUGAAUUCUACUGUUAAAAUAUAAAAUGAUUACAAAUCUUAAAUUUAUAAUGUUUUAUUUCUUUUUAUGUCAUUGUUGACAAUGUGCCUUAAUGUUGUUUUUUUUUUGCAUUUGUACUGACAGUGCCUGUAAAUGAAAAUAUACUUCAUUUAUACACUUAAACACCCACAAAGCAACUGAUGAAAGAGCUAAUGCUAGCUAUUUUAAUUUUCAGUCUACAAUUCUUUAUACAUGUUUUUAACAAACAACAAAUUUAAUAUCACCAUUUCACUAUCAAGACAUUGUCAAAAUUCUUGUUUAUAAAUGAUGAAUUACUUAGUCAAAUUAGUCAGCAUUUCAAUUACUUAGUCAAAUUAGUCAGCAUUUCAACACCAAGGAAAUUAUUACAUGUCUUUAUAAUCAUAUAGAUUAGUACCACAUAUAUUAACACAAUGUUGCCUUUUAAAAUACUGUUACUAACAAUGGUGGGUAUUGUGUAUUAGUUUUUACAAUUUGUGUAUGUAUCUCUCUUUUUUUGUAUCUCUGAAAGCAAGAGUUAGGGAUUUUUUUUUUAGUUAGUUACUUAGGCUUAGAUCCUCCCGCAAUGUUCGGGGCUAUGGGCAGCAGGCUGUCUCCAUAAAAAUCUGGCAACGUCUGAAGCCUCUUCUCACCUGGUGUCCACUGAGCUGAGGUCUUCCAUGAAAAUGUGAUGCCAAAUUAUAUGCAGACAUCCCUGUUUAUGCUUUCCUUGUAUGGGCACCAAUGUCAUUUUUUAGUUACAGUUGUAUUAACUAAAACUGUUUCCCUGCUUUUUUUAAAGCACAGUUUUAAUAAAUACAUUUUCAUGUUUAUAUUUUUUAAGUGCAGAUGUUUCAUCAGUAAGGAAAAUUAUUUUUUCUUCUUUUACUCCAAUUAUAAAGUUUUGUCAUAGACGCAUUUUUUUAAUCAUUAAUUUUGCUUUUUUUUUUUUGGUAACUGUUGAGUCAGGACAAUUUUUAAAAGAUUUUAAUUAUAUUAGAAAAUAAUGAUGGUUAAUUUUAUUUUAAUGUCUCCAUUGUGAAUCAAUGCUAAAUUUUUAUCCUGAAACAAAAUAUUUUAUUAUUCAUUUUAUUCAAUUUAAAAUUAUCCUCAAUCAUAUCACAUGCUAGAAAAAUACUAGCAUAUUUUAUAAAAUAUGCUCUCAGGAUAAUUAUUGAAUUUUUUUUAGAUUAUGCUUUUCAUUUAGGCUAAUUUUAAAUAUUUGAAGCUCAGUUAUGAGUAUCAUUUUCUAGAACACCCUCUCAUAUUGUAUAUUUAUAUGAAAAAAGCAUAUCAAUAAAUAUCUAUUCCCAAUGAAACAGUGUUUGCUUUUGAACAACUAGGAUUUUACUUGUUAUUCUCAAAUGUUGCUAAUUUCCUUUGAAAGAUAUUUCAGUUUUAAAACUUUUUUCAGUUUGUGACAACAGAAAACUACACAUGUAUCAUUGUCAGAACUCCCAAACCAGUUUGCCUAUCACUGCUAUAUUGGACCAUUCUCAAAAAAAUAAUAACUAUAACAUGUAAAUAUGCCUCUGCUACUGGCUCACUACCUAACCUCUUUGAAUGUUAACUUCUUAGUUUUUUUCUGCAUACAAAGUAUGUUACUUGUAUUUUAUUUCUUUUCAUUAUUUAUUGUAAGUCAAUGUUUCUUGUUAUGAAAAUGUAGUUUUGUUCCUGUUGCCCUUUGUGAUUUAUUAUUCAGUUUUAUUUUUUUAGAAAUGGUAAGGAACAUUUUUUAGCCAUUAAAAUUUAUUUUUUUUAACUGACCUUUUUCUACUUUGUAUAGAUCUAAAGUCUACAUAUGUGAACAUUAGUAGGUUAAACAUAAAUACAUUUUUUUUAUUCAAAUGCUGUUUUUAUAAGUUAAAUUUUUGUUUCUUUAAAAUCUUUGUUUCAUGAAAUGUGAUCACAUAAAAAAGUAAUGUACACUAUUUUAUAGGUCAAUUAAAGGAAAAAGAUCUGAUUUAAUA